UUCCAGGCUCACAUGCAGCCAUUCCCCUCUCUCUUUCUCUCUCUAAAAACCUCCUCCUUUCUCUCUCCACACUCCUUCUCAUUCAACAAUUCCAACUUUGUGUGUUGUGUUAGAAAAAGGUAAAAUGGAACCUCUACUCUUCUUCCUUCAACUUCAACCUUACUCUCAAAUUAACCCUUCCCAUUAUUUUCUCUCUCUCUCUUCCUUUUGCACUCUAGAACUGGAGGUGGUGGGGUUCUCUGACUCAGUCCUUUUUGGCAGCAAUCUUGGUCCUCUUUGAGGGAGGGUUUCACAGGAGCAAAAGAAAGGAGAAAAAGAAGAGUGUUCAUUCAUCAUACUCUAUUGAUUUGGAAUUAGGGUUUACUUGAUUGGUCUCUGGUAGUUUUACUUUGGAUGAUUUGAAUUGAGUUUUGAUUGUGUGUACUGGUUUUGGAUUGGCCUUGCAUACUACUGAGGUAUGGCAAGCAUUGAUGUGUCCAAGUAUGUCCAUAGUCCCGUGCACAGAGCUGUAGCCAUGAAAGACUAUGCUUGUCUGAGGAAGAUACUUUCGGGCCUCCCUCGGUUCUGUGACCCAGCUGAAAUUCGCUCUGAGUCGGCUUCACUGGCUGAGGAACAGAAGGCUGAUGCCAUCUCUGCUGUCGUUGAUAGGCGGGAUGUCCCUAACCGGGACACCCCCCUUCACUUGGCUGUCAAACUCGGUGACGAGACUUCAACCGAGAUGCUUAUGAUUGCUGGUGCAGAUUGGAGCUUGCAAAAUGAGCAGGGUUGGAGUGCACUCCAGGAAGCAAUAUGUAAUAGAGAGGAAGGGAUUGCCAGAGUUAUAGUUAGGCAUUACCAGCCAUUGGCUUGGGCGAAAUGGUGUAGAAGGUUGCCACGGUUGAUUGAAACAAUGAAGAGAAUGAGAGAUUUCUACAUGGAAAUUACAUUCAAUUUUGAGAGCUCUGUUAUUCCUUUCAUAUCGAGGAUUGCACCUUCUGAUACUUAUAAAAUUUGGAAAAGAGGUGCCAAUUUGAGGGCGGAUAUGACUUUGGCUGGUUUUGAUGGGUUCAGAAUACAGCGCUCUGAUCAGACCGUUCUUUUUCUUGGUGAUGGGUCCGAGGAUGGGAAGGUUCAUGCUGGUUCACUUUGCAUGAUCUCGCACAAAGAUAAGGAAGUGAUGAACACUCUGGAUGGUGCUGGUGCUCCAGCGAGCGAGGCAGAGGUGCAGCAAGAAGUUGCAGCGAUGUCUCAGACUAAUAUAAUUAGGCCUGGGAUUGAUGUAACUGAAGCGGUUCUUUUGCCACAGCUGACAUGGAGACGACAGGAGAAAACAGAAAUGGUGGGUCCUUGGAAGGCUAAAGUAUACGAUAUGCACAAUGUGGUUGUGAGCAUCAAAUCCAGAAGGGUCCCAGGGGCUAUGACAGAUGAUGAGUUAUUCUCAUCUUCCAAUGAAAAUGACACAGAAAGUGAUGGCCUUGAUAAUCUUCUUUCAGAGGAGGAAAGAAAGCAACUUGAAGUUGCACUCAAGUUCAAUUCUUCAAAUUUAAGCAAUGAGAAUGGUGAUGUGAUUAUUGAACACCGCCAUAGUUGUUACGACCAAAGGGAGACACCUACUGAGGACAUGGGUAGUUCUAGAAAUGGAGAGAGUUGUUAUGUGCAAAGAGAGAUUCCCAUUGAGGACAUGGGUAGUUGUAGAAAUGGAGAGACUAAGCAGGAAAAGAAAGGAUGGUUUGGUGGCUGGAGAAAACGUGAUACUAAGCAUGAAGGGCAGAAGUUGAAUACAGCACCAAGAAGUUCACUUUGUGUAGAAGAGAAGGUUAGUGAUCUCCUUGGGGAUUCUCCAUCACAAAGUCAGAUCAAACCGGGGAGGCAUUCCAUGGAGAUUGCUGUGAGGGGGGAUGAACAACCUGGAGGAAGGGAUGCCAAAGCGUCCUCAUCCAUGAGUACUGAGAGUGGAACUCGACGCAAGGAAGGAAACCGUGAAAAUGAGUAUAAGAAAGGCUUAAGGCCUGUCCUCUGGCUUUCCCCAGAUUUCCCUUUGCGAACUGAAGAACUCCUUCCAUUGCUUGAUAUUCUAGCAAGCAAAGUUAAAGCCAUUCGUCGCUUACGGGAACUACUUACAACAAAACUUCCUAUGGGUACCUUUCCAGUCAAGGUGUGUUGCAUAAGUAAUUUUUAUAGUUUAAAUUGAUUAUAUGGUCAUUUA